AUGUUUUCCCCUGGGAGGCAUGUGGGCCUUCCCAAUCCCCAUGCCUCCCAGGGGACCCACACCGCCUCCCAGGGGACCCACACCGCCUCCCCCCACCGCUCCAGGGACCCACACCGACCGCCCCUGGGACCCACACCGCCUCCCUGGGGACACACCACCGCCUCCCAGGGGACCCAACACCCCGGGGACCCACACGCCUCCGGGGACCCACACCGCUCCGGGGACCCCACACCGCCUCCCGGGGACCCACGACCCGCCUCCCAGGGGACCCACACCGCCUCCCAGGGGACCCACACCGCCUCCCGGGGGACCCACACGCUCCCAGUGGACCCACACCGCUCCGGGGACACAACCGCCUCCCAGGGGACCCACACCCCUCCCGGGGAACCACACCGCUCCCGGGGACCCAACACCGCCUCCCAGGGGACCCACACCGCAACCGGUCCGCCCCCAGCCUCCCGGGGGACGCCACAGCCGCCUCCAGGGACCACACCGCCUCCGGGGACCCAAUCGCUCCCAGGGGACCACAACGCCUCCCGGGGGACCACACCGCCUCCCGGGGACGCCCGCCUCAAACCCAUCUCGGUGUGCUGCGAUUGCGGUCGCGUGGGACUCACCCCUAAAGUCCGUGCUUUAGCUGCUGUUUGCUGGCCUCUCACGACCGGCGUACCAGCGUGA